CUUUUAUUUUGAAGACACACUGACAACAUUUCCGAGAUUGUGCCGGAUAAGUGGCGCUAACAUGCCGCAACUGUCAGCGUCCAAUCCACGCAGUCGCUUCCUGGUGGUGGUACUCGCCUCGAUGCUCCUCUCCCGGGCGUACGGCGCCUAGCGGUAGACAUAGUAACUUACAACUGUAGCGUAGCAUCCUCAGCUGUCACUUUUAUCACAUAAAAACGCAUGCUCUUAUUUGUUUGUGCCCAUGAGGACCAAGCAUCGUUAUCCGUUCUGAACAUAAGCAGGAAUACACAUUUUUAAAAAACUUGUCAAAGAGCAAUGAGUCGUUUCCAAAAUUACACUCAGCUGUGUUUGCUGUCUUGAACACACCCCGCUUAGUACCCCGAUAUUGUUCAAGGGGAAUAAUGGCUGCACAGGAGCCGUCUCCACCAUCUUCCCUGGAAGGCAACAAACCGGGCUUCCCAAAGAAAAUUCUGGCCAACAACCUCGAAGACAAGCACUUGUGCAAUUCGUGCCAUAAAAUCCUCAGAAGGCCUUUACAGGCUCAGUGUGGUCACCGCUUCUGUUCGUUCUGUUUCAACAAAAUUGUGAGUUCGGGGCCACAGAAAUGCAGCGCUUGCAUCAAAGAGGACUUGUUUGAAGAACCCACCUCCAUUCUCAAGCAAGGUGGUGCAUUCCCUGACAAUGCAGCUCGGAGAGAAGUGGAGGCCCUGGCAGCCGUCUGUCCCAAUGAAGGAUGCACAUGGGCGGGGACGAUCAAAGAAUUUGAGGCCAGCCACGAGGGCAACUGUGACUUCAUGAUCAUCCUGUGUCCUUCCUGCAAAGAGCUGAUGAGAGCCAACGAACAGGAGCGCCACAACGAGAGAGAGUGUCCAGAGAGGACUCUCCACUGCAAAUACUGCAAAGAACCCUUCCUGUUAAAGAACAUCAAGGCUCAUGAUGAAAUCUGUCCAAAAUACCCGAUGAUAUGUGAAGGUUGUGCAAAGAAAAAGAUCCCCAGAGAAAAGUAUGUGGACCAUAUUAAGUUCUGCAGUAAAUUUAAAGCACCAUGCAGAUUUCAUGUUGUUGGCUGCGAUACGUCUGUGGAGAAAGAAAAGAUCCAUGAACAUGAGCGGCAGUGUUCGUAUGAGCACCUCAACCUGCUCCUGCAUUUCAUCAUGGGCAUCAAGGUGAGCUUGGAGAGCCUGCAGCCCCAGAGCCUGGAAGUAGCCAGCCACAAGCUGCAGGAGCUCCACCAGUCCCUCAGGGAUUUGGAGCUGAAGAUGAGCCAGGUGGGUGGGGGUGGUGCUGCUCCCGUGCAGGGUGCGUGUGCCCCAACCAUCGCCACCUCCUUCACCCCACUGCCCAGCGCCAUGGGCGCUGCCCUGGAGCUGCAGCUCCAGAGUGAAAAGACCAAAGUGGCCGAGCUGAACCGGCGCUGCCAGGAGCUGGAGCUCAAAGUGAGCACGUUCGAGAACAUUGUCUGCGUCCUAAACAGAGAGAUGGAGCACUCCUGCACCACUAUGGAGGCCUACAACCGCCAGCACCGACUGGACCAGGACAAGAUCGAGAUCCUCAACAACAAGGUUCGUCAGCUGGAAAGAACGGUGAGUUUGAGGGACCUGUCCAUCGUGGAGAUGGAUGGCAAGAUGAGGGAGAUGUCUGCAGCCACAUACGACGGCAUCUUUGUCUGGAAGAUCUCAGAUUUCACCAAGAAGAGGCAGGACGCUGUGGCCGGGCGCGCCCCUGCUAUGUUCUCUCCUGCCUUUUAUACCAGUAAAUACGGCUACAAGAUGUGCCUGCGGAUCUACCUGAAUGGUGACGGGACAGGACGUGGCACCCACUUGUCUCUGUUCUUUGUGGUGAUGAGAGGACACAGCGACGCACUCCUCAAGUGGCCUUUUAAUCAGAAGGUCACCCUAAUGCUGCUCGACCAGAACAACAGGGAGCACAUAAUCGAUGCCUUCCGGCCCGACAUCUCCUCCUCAUCCUUUCAGAGGCCCGUCAGCGAUAUGAACAUUGCCAGCGGCUGCCCACUCUUCUGUCCACUCUCCAAGCUGGACUCUAAAAACUCCUACAUACGCGACGACACCAUCUUCAUCAAGGCCAUUGUAGACCUCACUGGGCUUUAGGCAAAGAAUGAGGGCGUAACCCAGCCUUUUGUUGCUACUAUCACCAGGCUUUUGUAUCACCAGUAACUGGCAUUACUCUUUCGGGUCUCUCUAGCUCUUUUGGUUUUGUUAAGGAUUGUUGGAAGCAAUAUGCGAGACCAAAGCCAUGGCCACAGUGGCUGGUGGUGUAUUAAGACUUCCUAAGCCACUAUAACUAUUUUACCAAUCAAACUUUGUCAAAUCAGACAAAAGUUUUUAUUUGACAAAAACAUUGAUUACCUACCAAAGUGACUGGGGCAGUGAACACAGCAUAUAUGCCAGAAUUUGGCUGGUGACAGGUGUUAAUUUCCCACCCUGCAGAAGACCCUCAAACAGCAUUUGAACUGCAUUCCAUAACCUAGAUAUAAUAUUAUGCUUGUGAAAUAAGUAGACAACUAAUAUGACAUUGUCACAAUCUCCAGUGAUCAGCCUAUGGCUUCUUGUACCAUAGAUGAGGCUCAUCAUGUUCAGUUUUGCACGGACAUGAUUUUUAAAGGUUAGAGGUUUUACAACAAUUUCAUUUCCAUUCCCAUUCAAACAUUUCUGUUUCUUACUGCAGUAUGAAUAAGGUCCUCUUGUGACAAAAAUCUGUUAUUGCUGCUAGCUGCUAGUUAUGUCCCAAAAUCAUCUACAUAUAAAAUGAUAUAAAACAUGGGCGUCAGGUCUCCACUCCCUCCCAGUGUACAAAAACAAGCCUAAAUAUCCGGAUACGGUCGCUGCCAUCUUAAAAUGGUGACAUCAUUUGGAACCAGUCUGCGCCAUAGCGAUCAGUAGAUGAUGGGAAAUUUGAUGCUAAAUUUUUUUUUGCAUCAAAUAAAACUUGAACAUACAUCAGCAUGAUAAGAACUACCUAAAAUGACGGAUUUAUUUUAAAUUGAAUUUAAAUUUGAUGCGCACUUUGAUCUUUUUAUCUGCUAACAUGGAGGCAGCAGGCGUUAUGACCUAUCAUUCAUCGGGGGGUGAUUGAGAUGUUUUGGUGUCACUGUUGGGAGCUUGUCAUGUCGUUCAUCUUUAUAUGUCAGUACUCCAAAAAUGUGAGCCUUCCUCAGCUGGCACUCUGUGCUCCAAUAACAGUUGAGCAAGUCUCGGUCAGAACGUCGGUCAACGUUCUCCUUUCCUGUACUUUUCAUGUUGAAAAGACAACCAAGUUAGCCAACGUUUUUUCUACAGAACAUAAUGCUAGUUAACUAGGUAGCUAACCUACAUCAAUCUUUAGCUAUGUAGUUACAUCUGAAAGCUAAUGUUAGCAAAAUGCUAGCUAACUAGCUAUCCGGUUUACAUAAACUGUUAGUUAGCUAACAUUUAGUGAACUUAAUAUGUGACUAUAUGACACUUUUAUCUUUCAAUUAUCUUUUAAAACUUGGUUGUCUUUUCAACAUAGAUUAGCCUAGCACAUAGCAUAUCUAAGUACAGGAAAGGAGAAAGUCGACUGAGGGCCUGACCGAGGCUCGCUCAACUGUUAUUAGAGCACAGAGCAAAAAGGGUGGGACUUUAGCUAGCAAAACUACCAUAACCCUGAGAGCUUCUCAGAUGAAUAAAAAACAAAAUAUUACUACCCAAGCACUGGAAUCCAAAAAAAUGGUAUUUGAUUAAACAGCCAUAGCUGCAGGAAGUGUACAGGGGGUUUAUCAGAGCGAAAAAUGAACUAAACAAAGGACAAGGGGAACUGCAGAAUUGGGUUAGAAUUCUCCUCAGGUAUGUCAUUAUGAGUGACCUCUUUCAUAUUGCUUAUAGUUAUCUGGCACAUUAUUAAUGUAAAAAUAUUGAAAGUGCAACUUAAAAAAAACAAUCUGUGAAACUACAGAGUGCUUGUGAUGCAAACACAAUUUGUUUUUAUUUUUUUUUAGUUUUUGUAUUUUUAAAGUUUAAAAAUGUAAACACCAAUACAUUUCCAGAUUUAUUUAAAAUCAAAAACUGAAAAUAAUGAGCCUUAGACCAGUGACACCUUAGCUAUGUAGAUUAAACAGCCUACAAACACAGCGAUAGAUCAAGCAGGUAUAGGUACUUUUGCUCACUGUUUGCGUGUACUGCUUGACAUUUUUUAAAAUGUUGCAUUUACAAAUGUGGAGUUUCAAUAACAGUGUGAUGCCCAUGUAGCCUUCAGAGUACUGUGUGCAAGUUUGUAGUGCAGUUGGACUUUUAAACUUGUUUACUGUUUCCUAACAUCUAUGCCUCCAACUCUCAAGUUCUGUGUUCAAUGGUAAUCAUUUGUGGUGGUGGACAUUGCUUGAAUUCCAUGAAUUCUGAGUGAGGUAUCUCAGUUGUGAAUGUAGUGUGUGCGUGCGUGCGUGCGUGCGUGCGUGCGUGUGUGUGUACUGUUCAUUUCUUUGCUGAUUGUCACAGUGUUAGUUUGCAUGUUGGAUCUGUGGAAGAUACUACUUUCUGGGCUGUUUGUCUAGGAGACCAAUGGUAGUCAAGCUGAUUCUCCCAAAUGGAAAUAUGACAUAUUUUAUUAAAAAUAAAACAUAUAUUUGCAUACAUGUUCUGAUACAUCCAAUAAAUAUCUUGAUAUGAAACUUUUUUCAAUAUUUGUUGUCUGCAUAUUGACAAUUUCUUUGACCAUUUUACCGAGUAUAUAUUCAGUUUUAUUUGAACGAUUUAUAAUAUUUACUAACAUGCAUAUGGACAAAUAUUGAAAUGGCCAAAAUAGUACAUAUUUACCUACAUGAGAGGUAUAUCAAAAAUAUGUCCACUGCAGUGUCUUCACAAAGUAUUCAUUUCUAUUUCUUCUACAUUUUGUGGCGUUGGUGGUCUGAUGACCAAAUUGCAAACAUUUGUGUGUGUGUGGAUGGGUUGCUGGAUAAUUUGGUUCAAGACCUCCUCUUAGAUGCUUUUGUCUUAAAAUCAUAUUGUAACUACCAGUAACUGUACAAUUUAGAGCGAGAAAGUGCGUUUUCACAAAUGUUCAAUUUCUUCACGUUUCCCAAAGCAGUACUUAAUAAGUGAGUUAGUGAGUGCAUGUAAACUGCAAAAUUUGCCAAUUUUCUACCUGUAUCAUUACAGUGUGGGUAGAAUGUGCAAAUGAACCAUGUUUAACUUCUCUUCAUGUUGCCUGUACCCACAACUCCUCACUCAUUGGCUGGUGACAGAAUCUGAACCGGUUUUAACUACAGAUUGUACUCAGAUGGCAACCUCUGUGGAUGACAAGUAACACGGAAGUAACAAAAACUGCAGUUCCUCUAACGGCCUCUUGAAACUCGCUCCAGAAGUGAGUCAAUCUCUAUAAGGCUCCAUGGUAAAAUGGCCAACUUUACAGCAUGAUGAUGGAUGAUGACAACAGAAACGGGCAGCUCAAUAAAGCAAAUCAAUUGUUGAAUUAAUUUUAGUUUUAUUCUAAUCUUUAGUUUAAAUCUUAUUUAAACAUUAUGACUCAUUUCAUCACAUCACAUUGCCAUUUAACAAACAACAUCUGUGUUCAUGAUAAAAGUGCACACUCAAUUCCCUAGGGAAUUUAUCGGAUCUACUUCAAAAUUGGUCAAUACAGUCAAAAAAUGGUGCUGAUUAAAAGUUGUGCUGUUUGUGCAUGUAUGUUGAAGGGCGUGUCCGUGGCAUGCCGUCAAAGUUGGCCAUUUUGAAUUCCGUGCUCAUUUUUGGUGAAUUUUUUGCCUUGUAUUUGAACGAACUCCUCCUAGGGAAUUUAUCAGAUCUGCUUCAAAAUUGGUCAGUACAGUCAAAAAAUGGUGCUGAUUCAAAGUUGUGCUAUUUGUGACUGUACGUUUAACGGCGUGUCUGUGGUGUGCCGUCAAACUUGGCCAUUUUGAAUUUUGCAGCCAUUUUCUGCAAUUUUUUGCCUUGUAUUUGAACAAACUCCUCCCAGGCAAUUUAUCGGACCAACAUCAAAAUUGGUCAGUACAGUUAAAUAAUGUUGCUGAUUAAAAGUUGUGCUAUUUGUGACUGUACCUUGAACAGCUGAACAUUGAAUUUCGACGAUUCGCCAUGAAAUAGAUAGUACUCAAAACUUAAAUGUACAAUGUCUAAUCUCCACUAAACUUCACAUAUUCUGUAACGGUCCCACCCUGUACAUGUCCUCAUAACUUCAGUGUACAUGGUCCAAUCUCAACAAAACUUUAUCACAUUUGAUAGGAGUCCCACCCUGAACACGUCUACAUGACAAUAUUCAGAUAUAGUGAGAGCGCCACCUACUGCCAACAAGAAGUAAGCGCUGCGUGGCAAUUUUGAUCAAUGUUGAGCUGAUUUACGGGAAAUUUUCAUGUUGUGGUCCGCACGUGUAAUGACAGCACAUGACGCGGCCGCAGCAUGCCCUGAGUUGCGUGGAGUGCGAGGUCCCGCCCAAUGCUGCUUGCAGCUUUAAUUGCAUGAUUAGGAUUUGUCAGCUGUACAUGGAUAUUGAAACUUAUUUAACCCUGAUGCUGUAAUGUUACUGAAUGCAGAAGACAUCAGUGUAGUUGAACACUUUGUGAAGACACAAAGUGAUAUUUCCACAUGGGUGUAGCCUUUGGCCGUGCUUAGACAGACAGGAGGCUGGAACGAAGAUGUGAAGGCCUCAGGAUGGAAGCAGAACGGAGAUAUUAAAAGAGGAAAUGGUUGAUGUUAUUGUAAUAUUUUCCUAUUUUGGCUUUUCCUUACAGCUUUGAGCUGACCUACUUUUUACAGAAAAAGAAGUGCCUGUACCUUUUUUUUAUGUUUCAUGAGCCCACUAAGUUGUGGAUCUGCUUUCCUGUGAGUUUUAACCUCCCAAAAUGUGAAACUUUUUGAUUUGUAUUUUUUUAAUGUUGCCCCCUCAUAACACCCCCCGCCCCCUUACUGGGCCCUUUGAUGUGAUGAAAUCUAAGUGACUGAGAAUGUUUUCCUUUUCAUGCAAAAACUAGUGAAUGUUAUAGUGUUACGUUAUGUAAUCAUACAUUAAAUGAGGUCAGAAUAAUCAUUAACACGCUGCUUUUUCAUCCAAACACAUCCAGCAUGUUUUUAAACCUCUCAACAAAUACUGAAACCUCUCUGUGCAUGAGCUGUUUCAGUAGCUUCUCAAUUAAUACUAAUCAAGCACUGGUUCAUAUUGGAGACCAGCAUUUUAUUUUUGUAUUAUUUUAUGAUCAAUAUAUACGACAUAUGAGUGUGUGAUAUAUAUAAAUAAUAUAUAGAUUUGUAUAUAUUUAAGAAAAAAAGUUAUACUGUAUGUUGAGACCGUUUAAAGACAUGUUUUGGUUUGUUUGGCUGAUUGUUAAAAGAUGCAUCUGCAGUCUGAUCUCAGCAGGUUGCAGCUCAUGUUCCUGGCUCAUUCAGCAAAGGUCAUCUACUUUUGCUUUCUCGUUAUUUAGGGAUGGGAAUCGAGGACUGGUUCCAGUUGAGAAUCGGUUCCUAAUUGUCAAUUAAUUUUAUUGAUGUCAAGAUGUUUUUCUGACCGUGCACUGCGGAACUGUAAUGUUGUCGUGCUCAAAACUGGUGGAAAUGCAGGCUCAUUCCCUACAGAGCACCAAGGUUUCAAGAAUCUUGAACGGAACCAGUACAAGAACCAGAGCUAAUUUAAUGGAAAAACUAACAGAGAAUUGAUCAGGAAUCAAUAAUAGGCCUUUUCCACCAACAGGGAACAGGCUCCGUUCUGGUUUGUGCACCUAGUUUUGAGCUGUUGGGAGUAUUACGACCAAAAAUACAUUGGUUCACAACCUAAAAGUUGGUUCCCAGCUCGAACCAAAAAAUAGCAGGUUUUCCUUAGGAAAGUGGGUGUGUCAUAUUUUGCAAGUUGUUGCAUUGAUAGAUAGAUAGAAAUAGCAGCGCUCUCUGUUGAUGAUGCAUUCGAUUACUGUGGUUCUACUCAAAACUGGUGAAAAUGUGGGCUAUAUAGCACCAAUGUUCCAAUAAUCUUGAAUGGAACCGGAGCUAAUCUGGUGGGCAAAACACUAUGAGGGAACCGAUAAAGAAUCAGCAGAAUUGAUAAUGGCAUCAAGUCAUCAAUUCCCAUCCCUAUAUGUUAUUACAGAAACAUGUGUCCUCUUUUUCCCUCUUUAGAAUAUGUUGUUAUAUGUUGCACAUUAUGUAGACUACAUUUUGCAUGUAUGACUGUGGCCUGAAAUAAAUUAGCUGCUUGUUUGACCCUACUUAUGUGCUGAUUCGUGCUCAUAGACGCAGCCUAGCAGCCCUGUAUGGACGUCUGUCUUUGCUCCUCCUUGUAAAAUGUGUUGGCUGAUGUUGGCUGGGCCUUCACAAUUAUUCAUAGCUGGCGAACAUAACAAAAGGGCUUCGCAUUUCAUUUCCAUGUGCUGAAUGUCACCAAGGCAUACAUACGCAUACGUCUGUCCGUUGAAUGGAUCUGACAGAACCUUCUCUAGACUGUAGCUGGGGUAUGAUAUCACAUUGGAGCCGGGGAAGUGUUAUGCUGUAUCAGCGAUAUUGAUGUGUUUGGAAAUGCCACACUGCCUCACUGUUACUGCAACAGAAUAAACAAUAUGUCAAUGUGAUGUAUGUAUUUCAAAUAACACUUCAGAACUGUCGAACUGAAACAGGUCAGUUGGUGUUUAUUUACAUAUCUACUCCUCUGUUCUCUCUAAAGCCCAUGUUGAGAUUAAGAUGAAGAGCUUUCAUCUGUAGCAAUGACAUCAAACUGCAAUCUACUUGUUUUCUCUGCUACAUUGUGUGGAUAGUGACUUGUGUGUUAGUAAACUCUUUGUACUACAGGAAAUUUGUUCCAUAUUUGUAUUUCAUUUGUUUUAUUAAAGGUUUUAAGAUGCCCUCUAUGCAAAGAA